AUGUAGAUAAAUUAAGAUCAUGAUAAAAGGGGUUAAAAUAAUAAGUAAAUAAAAUUUACAUUUAUUUAGAAAUAGCAUUUCGAUAUUUAUUCAAGAAUAUUUUAAAGGUUCAGAGGUAAGUAUUGCUGAAACAAUCUCAUAAUUUAAAUCAUUAGACUUUCAUUUUAACAAAUUUUUUUCUAUCAAAAAUUGUGUGGCAAGGAUUAGAGAAGCAAAAAGUCUAUUUUUUUUAAAUAUCGAGAUUUUGAAUAAAUAUAAAGGUUUUUAUGAGGAAAAAAGUGUCACUCUUAUGUUUGGAGUUGAAUGCAAAUCCCUAGCCAUUUCUGUGAAAAAUUGUAUUUUUAUUCAGAAUUUGAUUGAUCAUACCAAUCUGACUAUGAUUGAUUAUACUACACCAAAAUUUUUACAAUUUUAAUAUUCACCAUUAUGA